CUCGCAGCUGCUGGUGCAGAGCGCGGGUCCAGACAGCGCGGACAGCAGGAGCAGGAGGAGCAGGUCCCAGGAGUCCAGCUUCGCUGCGCACCUGGUGGUGAGCAUCGCCCCCCAGGAGAAGGCAAAGAUAGGCCCAGGAAUCAUGGCGUCCAAAGAGCAACAGGUCUUAAAAGAUCUCGCUGUGCAGAACGAUGAAAGAGACCACGCAGAAAGGAAGGCCUCCAAGCAACAUGAAGAAGAAUUGCAGCUCUUGGAAGAGGUUAAAAACAAGAAGUCCGGGGGAAAUGUCAGAAUGGGACUAGUCAGGCGACUUGUGCCUAAUUUUCGAUGGGCCAUACCAAAUAGACGUGUUGAGCACAAUGAAGGGGGAGAGGAUGCUGGGAAGUUUGUAGGACAGGUGAUGGAAAUCAAGAGAAAGACUAGGGAGCAAGAGAUGAGGCCUUACGGGCGUUUCCAAACACCAGAACCUGACAAUCACUAUGACUUUUGCCUCAUACCUUAA